GAAAAAACAAUCAAAUUUUGAAAGAGGCCACACGUCUAUAAAAGAAGCAUCUCUUGAUCUUCAUUUCUGGAUUCAAUCUUGUCUCAGAUAUUUCAGACACACAGCACAUCUUGCUCUUGUGGCGACUCCUGCGGCUACUGCGACUACUUAACGGCGUCCGCCUCCCCUCCAUCUCGCUGCCAACUCCUCCAUCCCACCUCCUGAUUCCUGUGCUCCUCACCUUCCACCCAACAACCGACAGAAUGACAGGCACACUUUCCCCGCAAUCUGUCCCUUCAUCGCCUUCUUUUCAGGCCAACCGCUUCUCGCGCUCCUCCAACAGACCGUCUCUCUCUAUCGACCUCUCCAACCUCCCACCGCUCUCUCAACCAUCACCACCAACCAACACCCUCCUGAUCACCGACCUCAACGACCUCUACCUUUUCCAACCUUCAUCUCUCUCCACAAUCCGCGCACAAAUUGAGUCUAUUGCACCUCUCAACUCCUUUUCCCCGCUCCCUUCAUUCCGCCGCAUCGUCUGCUCCUUCAGAAACGAAGACGAUGCAAUCCGCGUCCGCAAGCUCCUUGACCGCGAAAGCCUCCUUAACCGGGAAGUCCGCACAAAGAUCUACUUCGGCGAGCCAACGCCUCUUCUAGAAACCGACGAGACCGGCACGGGCAUCAAGCACAAGCUUCUCGAGGCACCCCAGGUUGACAAGCUCUUCUUCAUCAGCCCCCCGCCCUCUCCACCCCACGGAUGGGUUAUGCGCACCGAGGAUCCCCCAAACAAGGAAGUCCACGCUAGCGACCUCGCCCAGGCCCUCGCGAUGCUGAAGACCGAGCAGUCGUCAACUGCAGCUCCCGCCGUCGGCAACAUCUACUCUACCGCCUCGUCCCAACAGCAGACUGACCCGGAUACUCCGAUGUCUCUCUCAUCCGAUAAGCGAACUGGAAGCUGGCCACUGUCUCAGCAGCGCAGCAGGAGCAGCACGCUCAUUUACAAUCCCGGGGAGCAUGGCGGUAGCCCAAAUCUCCCUGCUGUCAUGGUCGAAGAUACAACAGCCGACCCGGAUGACAUGGACGUGGAGAUGAGCCCUCUUGAUAUGCCGAAGCAGACACCACCUUUUAAGACCGCUCGUCCUCCCGUUGAGCUGAUGUCCUAAUUUGAUCUGAAACUCCAUCUGUCUUCAUUUUCUACUAUUCUAAUUCUUUUUUGCUUUUUCCUUGGGUCUUGGCUGCAUUUUAGCGCUUGAAUUCGGAGUUUUAUAUGGGAUCAUGAUUGUCGUCUUUACUCCGAUUCUUCGUGAAUGUGGCUCUUAAUUUCUUGCAAUUUCUCUCUAUUUUCGACAAAUCAUUGCCCGGCGUUGUGGAGGGAUUAUCAGAGUCUAUGGUAAUGGAGCAUUUGUGUUAGCAACUCAUACGAUGAACGUAACAAUAUAACAAUAUACGUUUUAAUCCUAUCAUAUCAACCUCAACUAGUAGUCCUUGAUCCUCUGAUUGAUCUGGCAAUUCCUUAGCUUCAGUAAAAUCCUUAAUCAAGUUUAAUCAAAUAACACCACCGCGCUGUCCCUCACUACAAUAGGACCCAAGGUCGCGGCCAACUCUGCAACGAUCCCUUUAAUCGACUGAGGCUCAUCAACCGGCAUAGUCUCCCACCC